ACCUCAGACCUCUCCCCACUAUCAUACCAUUCGCUCUCAGUACUUCCCCUCAUACGCAACUCAACAGCCACAGCCCAUCGCAGCUCCGGAGUCGAGGCAAUGGCGGCCAAAGCCAAGCGUGGAGUGGUGAACGGUGGGGCCAAGGGUGCGGCCCACGCCGGCUUCGUCAAGGAGCCUCACUACAGGGGCGUUCGGAGGAGGCCGUGGGGGCGGUACGCGGCUGAGAUUCGCGACCCAGGCAGGAAGAGCCGUGUCUGGCUCGGUACGUUCGACACCGCCGAGGAAGCGGCGCGUGCCUAUGACGCUGCGGCCUUGCAGUACCGCGGCCCCAAGGCGAAGAUCAACUUCCCCCUGCCAAACGGGGCUGCAGAGCAGAGCCCCGCACAGAGCAGCACGGAGGAGUCGUCUGGAGAGGCCGAUGUUCCCUAUGCGUUGCCCCUGCAGCUCGGCCUCGCGCGACAGGCUGCCGGCAAUGGAUAUAUGGUUCAGUUCCCAUUCGCUGAUGGCUCACGGCAAGGGAUAAUGGCGAGGCCCCUUUUUGCAUUUGAGCCUCUGGUCGGGAGGCCGGAUCCGAUGGGCCAGGUGAUCCCGGUGCUGUUCCGAGCCAGGUCUGAGGGUGAGGCCCGGAGCGAGUUGGAUGCGUCAUCUGCGGUCGAGCAGCCGCCUACCGGAGUCCUCCUGGAUCUUGAUCUCAACCUUCCUCCGCCGGAAGAACUUUGAUCCUCCAUUUAACUGGACAACACGCCUUAAUAUUAGUCAGCGAUUAACGACUCCAGGCAGAAAAAUAGAUUGCCCUGGUUCUCUGAUUAUGCCUUUUUUUUUUUUCAAAUUGUAAUUUUGGUGUAUAUACACGCAUUGAAGAUCUUCUGCAGUGCGACGACAUUAAUCAGAAGAUGUAUCUCGAUCUCCAUUGAUCGAUCAUCCAAUUCUUUGGCACAUGGGUUAAAUCUCAUAUUACGUUUGUUUAAUACCA